AUGAAGGUCGUCAUCAUUGGAGCAACUGGUGAGACAGGCCAGUCCAUUACCAAGGGCUUGCUUGAGUUUCGCACCCAGUUCGACUUGACAGCUGUGGCGCGUCAGUCGUCACUCAACACCGCCAAGAACCAAGCCUUAAGGGAUGCUGGCGUUGAGGUCGUUGCAGCCGACCUUGGUGGACCUGAAGAGGAUCUAGUCAAAAUCCUUACCGGCGCCGAUGUUGUUAUCCCUGUACUCGACGCAUCAGCUUUGCUACUGCAGAUUCCUCUAGCAAAUGCGGCGAAGAUGGCCGGUGUCAAACGCUUCGUUCCGACUUUCUUCGCUACAAUUGUUCCGCCUAAGGGCGUACUCAGCAUCCGCGAGACGAAAGAGGAGGUUCUGAACCAUAUCAAGAAGAUCUACCUCCCGUACACCGUCAUCGAUGUUGGUUGGUGGUACCAGAUUACCCCUCCCAGGCUUCCUUCCGGACGCAUCGACCAAUUUGUCAUCAUGCCUGUCGAGGGACUCAAUGGCGACGGUGCUGUUCCCUCUGCUGUCACAGACUCUCGUGAUAUCGGCCGCUAUGUGGCCAAAAUCAUCGCUGACCCUCGGACUUUGAACAAGUCGGUCUUUGCCUACAGCGAGGUCCUCACCCAGCGAGAGAUCUUCCAGAUCAUGGAGGAAGCAAGUGGCGAGAAGUUGGAUUAUAACUACAUUUCCAAUGAAGAUGCAGAGGCCCGUGUUGUUUCUGCGCAAACAGCAGCUGAGGCUGCUGGCUUGGAGGACAAGGGUGCCCAAUCGGCAUUGGCCAUUGCCCAAUACACUUAUUCCACUUGUGUGCGAGGGGAUAACACGCCUGAGUAUGCCCGAUAUUUAGGAUACUUGGAUGGCAAGGAGUUAUAUCCGGAUCUGGAUUUCAUUCCGUUCCGAAAGUAUGUGUCCGAGCUGAUGAAUGGCACGGCCAGGCGAGCUUAUGCUUGA